AUAUGAAUGAACUAAAUUUUCGAUGAAAGAAUGGAAUCUGGAGAAAAUUUAAAAAAGUAAAGAGGGAGCUGAUGUAAAAUCUAACAAGGAAAUGGUGGGUGUUUUGAAUGAUUCCGAUAGCGAGGACGAGCUACCGCCAGGCUGGGAAGAGAGGACGACCUUGGAUGGGAAUGUUUAUUAUGUGAAUCAUUACACGAAAGGCACCCAAUGGACGCAUCCUAGAACCGGUCGUAAGAAAAUUGUCGAUGGAGAGUUGCCCCCUGGAUGGGAGAGAUGUAUAUCAGAUGAUGGUAAAGUGUUGUUUGUUGAUCAUACAAACCGUACAACGACCUAUACUGAUCCACGAUUAGCAUUUGCUACUGAAUAUAGAGAGAUGUCUCAGCCAGUGCGACAGAGAUUUGACGGAAGUAGCACUGCUCUGGCAGUGUUGCAUGGCCGAGAUUUACGCAACAAAAUCGCUCUUGUUACAGGAGCGAAUACAGGCAUUGGAUUUGAAACAGCCAGAUCAUUAGCUUUACAUGGCUGCAAUGUGAUAUUAGCCUGUAGAGAUAUAGAAAAAGCUAAUGAAGCUAUAAGACGCAUUCAGCAAGAAAAGGAGACUGCAAAUUGUAUGGCUUUACAAAUCGACUUAUCAUCGCUGCGAAGUGUACGAGAGGCUUUUGAGCAGUUCAAGCAGAAAUUUAAAUCUCUCCAUAUUCUCAUAUUAAACGCUGGUGUGUUUGGGUUACCUUAUCAACUUACAAAAGAUGGUUAUGAAACGACAUUUCAAGUCAAUCACUUGUCGCAGUUUUAUUUGACGCUUUUAUUAGAACAUGCUAUACAGAGCUCCAACAAUCCUAGAAUCGUAGUAGUUUCCAGUGAGUCUCAUCGAUUUUCAUCGAUACGUACUCCAGAAGAUAUUCACCAAUCAACUUUAUCUCCACCAGCGUAUAAAUACUGGGCGAUGGGAGCAUAUAACGAUUCAAAGCUCUGUAAUAUUCUAUUCGCACAGGAACUGGCACGAAAGUGGCCCUCUGUAAGCGUAUUUGCAUGCCAUCCUGGUAACUUGGUGUCUACAUCCUUAUCGCGUCACUGGUGGCUAUAUCGAUUGUUGUUCGCUUUAGUACGGCCGUUCACAAAAUCAAUGCAACAAGCAGCCAGUACAGUGGUAUUCUGUGCUACAGCACCCGAGUUAGAGGGUGUAACAGGAGGCUAUUUCAACAACUGUUAUCGUUGUCAACCAUCAAAUGCAGCAUUAAAUCUUACAUUAGCCACGCGAUUGUGGACCUUUAGUCAGGACAUGAUAACAGAUAUUUUAAAAGCAAAUGGGGAUAAUUAAAGAUGAAUAAAAAAAAGAUUUCUUAAUAAUGAUAUAUAUAUACAGACAACUAUAAUUUGUCUGCCAAUCUGCUUUAAUAAGGUAAAACAGGAAAGAAUAUUUUUAAUCAUAUAAUAAUUGU